CACACUCGUGUGUAGGUUAUGUUUUGUUUAUUUGUUGCAUAAAAUAAAAGGAUUCACAAAUAUACCUUUAAUUAUUAACAUAAAUAUAACCCUAGAUAAAGUCAAGAAUUAGACCGGUUUAUUGCUUAUCACGAAAAAAAUCAUGGGAGACGAAGAUGUUAUCCGUAGACGUCUUUUGAUUGAUGGCGACGGUACUGGAGACGAUAGAAGACUGAACGUGUUGUUAAAAACACUAAUAAAAUGGUGUAACAGCACCGAUGAUAAACCUGAAGAGAGUAAAGCAACGCACGAUCGAAUGCUAGCGCAACUAGCGCAAUGUGAAUUUGCCGUCACCAAAUCCCAACUCGGUUCAGAAAUGAUGAACGCUGAGCUAUCCAGUUACGAAUCCUUAUCUAAAAUACUUGAAAACGGCAUAGAAAUUGCUAAAACGAACAUUGAGAACAGCAAAGUCGAUCUACUUCAGGCUAAAACUGUCCGGAAAAACAGAAUCGAGUAUGAUGUGCUGGCUAAGGUAAUAAGUGAACAGCCGGACAGAAAAGAAACACUGGAACGGCUCGGGACUUUGAAAACAGAACUGGCCGGUUUGGAAACAACAAAGCAGCAGUUGGAAAGCAGGUUGGCUUUAAGAAAAAAGCAAUUCCAUGUGUUGGUUACUUCCAUUCAUCAGUUGCAGGCACUUUUGGAUGAACCUGAUGAUAUGGACUCCAUUUCUGAUGUUGAGAUGAAAGAUAUUAGUAAUGAAUCUUAGCAACAUGUUUGCCAUGUUGAGAAUAUUGUCAGCACAAAACUUUCUAACUACUACUUAACCUGGACUAGACAUACAAUGUUUUUAAGAGAUAACUUUUAAUAUUAGUUUGUGACAUGACAUAAGUAAAGAAUAUUUGAUAAUACUAUGGAUGGCCAGGUGUCUGUCUGAAUUUCUUUGGAUUUGUCAUAUUCUGGAGCCAACCACAGGAAUAUAAAUCUAGGAGUUCUAGGAUAUAUCAAGUUUCUUAUAAUACUACAUUAUUAGCAGUGAUGGUGUCCAAAAUCAAAAUAUUAUUGUGUAUAUUCAUUUGAAGAAAGUGUUUUAUCACUUAUGAAUCCUAGUAAGUAUGCAAGGUAUUUUUUUGUAAUAAAUGU